AUGAAAGAACAGCUCAUUCGCAGCCAGGAUGUUAUCUUUGAUGAGACUCGACCUCCAUUCCUCACCCCCCCUCCCACCCCUCCUCCUCCCUCUCUUCAUUUGUCUAACUUUGAUCGGCUGCCCUCUACUGCACCCUCUCCUUCUCCACUUCCUCCUCCCCCUACUCCGCCUCCCCUCCCUACCCCCUCCACUACCCCCUCUGUUGUCAUCUCCGGCACCUCUCCUCCUCAGUCUUCCUCUUCUACUCCCAUGCCCUCUUCUUCACAACAUCCUUCUCCUCUCCCUCCCUCUGCUCUUACUCCCCCGCUCUCUCCCUCACCACCUCCUUCUACUACUCUUCCUUCUGCUCCUGCUUCUCCACCUUCUCCGCAUCUCACCCGCUCCAUGUCCCAUGCAAUGUCCAAUAGUCAUCACUCUGCUGUCUUUACUUGUCUCUCUCCCUCUCAAAACGUCGAUCUUCUUGAGGAUUGA